CCCAGCCAACGAAAACGCCGCGGCCGCCAUGGCGGCGGACGUCGUCAAAGGGGACGUGUACGUGCUGGUGGAGCACCCUUUUGAGUACACUGGCAAGGAUGGACGCCGCGUCGCCAUCCAACCCAACGAACGCUACCGGCUGCUGCGCCGCAGCACCGAGCACUGGUGGCACGUGCGGCGCGAGCCUGACGGCCGCCCCUUCUACUUACCAGCGCAGUACGUGCGCGAGCUGCCAGCUCUUGGCCAUCCCGCCACAGCCUCGCCGCUGCCCGCGCCCCACUCGGGCCCCGCAGCCCCCGAGCCUCUUGCCUACGACUACCGGUUCGUGAGCGCGGCGGCAGGCCCCGACAGCACCCACGCCGAGCCCCGGGGCCGUGCCAGCUCGCUGUGCGGCCCUGCGCGGCGCGACGACAUGACAGGUCGCAGCAACCUGGCACCUGGCCUGCCCGCCUGCCUAUAUGUGCGGCCCCUGGCGCCGGUAAGGCCAGCGCAGUCCCUAGACGACCUGGCGCGCACCACAGUCGCGCCUCCUGCCGGCCUUCUCGGGAGUGCAGGCGGAUUCAAGGCCUGCAGUGUGGCGGGCUCCUGGGUGUGUCCGCGGCCCCUGGCGCGCAGCGACUCGGAAAACGUCUACGAAGCCAUCCUGGAUGUGCGUGGCCCGCAGCCAGAAGAGAGGCCAGCGCAGGUGGAUGAACCCGCAGAGCCCGUGUAUGCAAACAUAGAGAGGCAGCCUCGGGCCACUUCGCCGGACACGGCCAAGACCCCCCAACCCAGCCCAGUGUGGGAGACACACACCGAUGCUGGCACCGGGCGCCCCUACUACUACAACCCAGACACGGGCGUAACAACCUGGGAGUCGCCCUUCGAGGCUGCAGAGAGUGCCGCUAGUCCUGCCACCUCCCCGGCCUCGGUGGGCAGCCACGAGAGCCUAGACACCGACUGGGGCCAAUACUGGGAUGAGGAGAGCCGCAGGGUGUUCUUCUACAACCCCCUGACGGGAGAGAGAGCCUGGGAAGACGAGCUUGAGGACGAGCUGGAGAUGCAACCCAGCCUGAGCCCUGGCAGCCCCAGGGACCAGAGGCCCCCCACCCCAGAGACGGACUACCCCGAGUUGCUGACAAGUUACCCAGAGGAAGAUUAUUCCCCCGUGGGCUCCCUCGGUGAGCCCGGCCCCACCUCACCCCCCUUGACCACACCCCCCGGCUGGUCUUGUCACAUCAGCCAGGACAAGCAGACGCUUUAUACCAACCACUUCACCCAAGAGCAGUGGGUGAAGUUGGAGGACCAGCACGGGAAGCCAUAUUUCUACAACCCAGAGGACUCUUCCGUCCGGUGGGAGCUGCCCCAGGUCCCUGUCCCUGCCCCUCGAAGCAUCCACAAAUCUGGCCAAGACAGUGACACUCCAGCCCAGGCCAGCCCCCCAGAGGAAAAGAUCAAGACACUGGACAAGGCAGGGGUGCUCCAUCGCACCAGGACAGUGGACAAGGGAAAGCGGCUCCGGAAGAAGCACUGGAGUGCCUCAUGGACAGUGCUGGAGGGUGGUGUGCUGACAUUCUUCAAGGACUCAAAGACCUCAGCUUCGGGUGGCCUGAGGCAGCCUUCCAAGCUCUCCACCCCUGAGUACACAGUAGAGCUGAAGGGGGCCUCUCUGUCCUGGGCACCCAAAGAUAAAUCCAGCAAGAAGAAUGUGCUGGAGCUACGGAGCCGAGAUGGCUCGGAGUACCUGAUCCAGCACGACUCAGAGGCCAUCAUCAGCACCUGGCACAAGGCCAUUGCCCAGGGCAUCCAGGAGCUGUCCGCAGACUUGCCCCCGGAGGAGGAGAACGAGACGGGCAACGUGGACUUUGGGUCCAGUGAGCGCCUGGGAAGCUGGCAGGAGAAAGAGGAUGAUGUGCGACUGAGUACAGGAGCACCCGCUCUGGGUCCCGGGGGCCUGGAAAGCGACCUAAGCAAGGUCCGGCAGAAACUUCGCAAGUUCCUCCAGAGGCGGCCCACGCUGCAGUCGCUGCGGGAGAAGGGCUAUAUCAAAGACCAGGUGUUCGGCUGCGCGCUGGCCGCGCUGUGCGAGCGCGAGAGGAGCCGGGUCCCCCGCUUUGUGCAGCAGUGCAUCCGUACCGUCGAGGCCCGCGGGCUGGACAUCGACGGGCUGUACCGCAUCAGUGGAAACCUGGCCACCAUCCAGAAGCUGCGCUACAAAGUGGACCACGAUGAGCGCCUCGAUCUGGACGACGGGCGCUGGGAGGACGUGCAUGUCAUCACCGGCGCUCUGAAGCUCUUCUUUCGGGAGCUGCCCGAGCCCCUCUUCCCCUUCUCUCAUUUCCACAAGUUCAUCGCGGCCAUCAAGUUGCAGGACCAGACCAAGCGCAGCCACUGUGUACGGGACCUGGUGCGCUCACUGCCUGCCCCCAACCACGACACACUGCAGCUGCUCUUCCAGCACCUGUGCCGGGUGAUCGAGCACGGCGAGCAGAAUCGCAUGUCAGUGCAGAGUGUGGCCAUCGUGUUCGGACCCACAUUGCUCCGACCAGAGGUAGAAGAAACCAGCAUGCCCAUGACCAUGGUGUUCCAGAACCAGGUGGUGGAGCUCAUCCUGCGGCAGUGCUCAGACAUCUUCCCCCCUCACUGAUUGCGGACUGGGGACUGGGGGCCACUGGAGGUCACCCAGCUGGACUUUCUGAGACCCUCUGCCUCCCACCUGUCUGCAGGCAGGUGUGACUUCUGUAACCCCUCGGUUCUGAGGAUAUGGUGACCCCUGGUGGGCAGUUCACAAAAUGUGAUCCCCCCCACCCCGCCCCCACCCCCUGGGCAUGUCCUAUUUGGAGGUUAAUUGGAUUCUGUUUUCUAUCACAGAGCGGUCUACCAUGCUUGUGGGGGAGUAUGUAUUCGGGGAGUUUUCUGGGAGGGACCAUGCUGGAAUGAGAAAUUUAGUGAGGG